AUGGCUAAGGAACCACAUGUUGGUAGCUCAAGUUGUAAAGACAAAGUCAAGGAGUGUAUUGGAUUGACAGAUCUGCAUGCAUUAGUCAGUGCUGACCGGGUGACUGAUCACAAGGCACUGGUCAGUGCUGAACGGGUGACCAACUACAAGGCACUGGUCAGUGCUGAACGGGUGACCAACUACAAGGCACUGGUCAGUGCUGAACGGGUGACCGACUACAAGGCACUGGUCAGUGCUGAACGGGUGACCAACUACAAGGCACUGGUCAGUGCUGAACGGGUGACCAACUACAAGGCACUGGUCAGUGCUGAACGGGUGACCGACUACAAGGCACUGGUCAGUGCUGAACGGGUGACCAACUACAAGGCACUGGUCAGUGCUGAACGGGUGACCGACUACAAGGCACUGGUCAGUGCUGAACGGGUGACCAACUACAAGGCACUGGUCAGUGCUGAACGGGUGACCGACUACAAGGCACUGGUCAGUGCUGAACGGGUGACCAACUACAAGGCACUGGUCAGUGCUGAACGGGUGACCAACUACAAGGCACUGGUCAGUGCUGAACGGGUGACCGACUACAAGGCACUGGUCAGUGCUGAAUGGGUGACCAACUACAAGGCACUGGUCAGUGCUGAACGGGUGACCGACUACAAGGCACUGGUCAGUGCUGAACGGGUGACCAACUACAAGGCACUGGUCAGUGCUGAACGGGUGACCGACUACAAGGCACUGGUCAGUGCUGAUCGGGUGACCAACUACUAGGCACUGGUCAGUGCUUAAUGGGUGACCAACUACAAGGCACUGGUCAGUGCUGAACGGGUGACCGAUUACAAGGCAUUGGUCAGUGCUGAACAGGUGACUGACUACAAGGCACUGGUCAGUAGGAUUAAGUAGACCAGUAUCAUUGCUGAUAUACCUUUCACAGGUGUGUUUGAUACUUUGAGAUGUGCAUAAUUUUACAGAUUGACAUACCUAGGUAGCUGUCCUUUAAACACCCCUUCUGAUACACUGUUUAGCUGUGUAAGCCUGUUGAUUUUGUCUUAUACAGUAGGUUAAUUAUUUUGACUGAUUUUUCUGAAUGACCGGAGCUUGUUCCCAUGUUGUCUUCUUUAUUACAAUCAAAAUUUGUCAUUGUGCUUGCAAGUGUGAACAUAUCUGAAGUUUUAUCAUAUCAAAUAGUAAUUAAAAGCUUAUACAAA